UUUGGUUUUUUCGAAAUGCUUUGGAACAUUUGUCGUCUACUGCAACAUCUUAACUAUCAUUUAGACAGUAUUAACCAGAAACUGGGAAAGCCACCCCCGGAUCACAAACUAUUGGGUCAUGAAAUUCAAACAAUUUUAGAAACACAUGCAGAAUUAGGCGAUAUUUUAAAGCAAUUGCUAAAAGUCUUUCAAUUUCAAUUGUUAACAAGUCGUUUAUAUUCCACAUUUUGUUUUAUUAUUGUUGCUUAUUUUGACUUUUAUAUAACAGAUUUAAUGUGCGACAUGAUUGGCGAGAGUUUUAAACAAUUAAUAGUGUUGCUACAAAUGUUCAAUGAAAAGACAGCGCUCGACGAAGAGUGUGAACGAUUUGCGAUUUUUUUAACCAGUAAAAAAGAAAUUUUCUGUGGUGGCAUGGACCGAUCGGCAUGGUUUAGAGUAAUGUCACAAUUAGUAUCAAACGCCUUAGUUUUAAUACAAAGUCAUAUAUCUAUUAUACGUUUUUUUAAGAAAAAUCAUUUAGAAAUCGAUUGAAAUUUUAGACAAUAAGUAAGUUAAAAAUGCAUUGCGAAGUUAAAAAUAUUAUUUCUAGAAUUCGGUUAAGUCGUUAGUCCCCUAGCAAAUGUACUAAUGUAUUAAAAUUAUU